UAGUUGUACAUUACUGUUAUAAUUUAUAGGACUGAGGGUUUUUAUCUUUUCCAAAAAAUUGUGGAAUAUGAUGAAAUGGCCAGAACCUCUUCCAACGCUUAGUCGAUAUUCCCUUACAAGUGUGGGUGCAGCUUGACCUUUAUUAGGGCAGGUAAGAGCACUUCAUACUAUCCAUCGUGAUUUACACAAGUCUACUUGCUGAGGAGACUGAAGGUCACACACGUGUUUUCUAUUGGGAGUCUGGAAUGGGGGCAGCCGUGUCCGGGGCAAUUAACAGUCACAUGAAAGCCCCUCACUAACUCACGUGGCAACGAACAGGUCAAGAGGGAUCCAGACAGAGCUGGUUCCCAGAGAGAAUCUUCUGCACAUUCGCUCGCAUCCGAGCUUCCCGAUUGGCCCGAUCGGGGUCUCGAGAUUGUCAUUGCCCAAAUCUGAUUGGCUGCCUUGUUCCCGGCCGAUCAUUGGCCAAUAAACCUCGCUGGUAAAAAGCUGGGUAGAGCUCUGCGCUGGGGAUUUCUCUGACAGGCUGCAGGGAACGGUUGCAACCCAGGAGGCAGCAGCAGCACGAUCCAAGCUGUCCUUUAAAUGUUCAAAUAAUAAGGCUGGACAUUUCCCCCAGCCAAUAAACACUCUGCCACCGGCGCCUCCUGGCUUUUACCUUUUUAACCCCCAACAAACGCUCCAAUAAAUGAUCUUAUGCUAUGAAUGGAAUAUUGGGCGCCUCUAGCGAUUGUCUGAUUGCGCCAGGGCUUGCACAGUGACUGCCGCGUGUGUUACCCGCUCUACAUGGCGCACUUGCACCUACUCACUCAAUUCAUGCAGCACGAUUGUUAUCGCAGUGUGAAGGGUUAGUGUUCGACACAGGCCGGGAAGAACCUGACCUUGGCCGCCGCUGCUGCUGCUGCUUCUUUAUCUGUCGCUGUCGAGUGGGCGUUCUGUGUGUGCCAUUGGCAAUGUGCUCCCAGCUGUGGCUCCUCACGGACAGACACAUCCAGGACGAUUACCCGCAGAUGCGCAUCCUGGAGGCUCUGAAGAAGCGCUGCGCUGAUCACAAUGUGGACUUCACUUUCGUCUUGAUGGAUCAAAUUGCCCUCACUGUCACUGACGGACAGCUGGGCUUGCAAAUUAACCAGAAGACUGUGACUGCUUACCCUCAGGUGAUACUGGUGCGGGUGCCAACACCAACUGUGCAGUCCGAUAGCGAUAUAACUGUACUGAGGCAUCUUGAGAAACUUGGCUGUCGCCUUGUUAAUCGUCCGCAAGCCAUUUUAAACUGCAUAAAUAAGUUCUGGACAUUUCAGGAAUUAGCUGGCCAUGGCAUACCUUUACCGGACACCUUCUCCUAUGGUGGCCACGAUGAGUUUUCGAAAAUGAUAGAAGCAGCAGAGCCUUUAGGGUAUCCCGUAGUUGUAAAAAACACCAGAGGACAUCAAGGAAAAGCAGUGUUUCUUGCAAGAGAUAAGCACCACCUGUUGGAUAUAUCCCACUUGGUGCGCCAUGAUGCACCCUACCUUUUUCAGAAGUAUGUCAAGGAGUCUCAUGGGAAGGAUGUCCGUGUGGUGAUUGUUGGAGGACGAGUGGUUGGGUCGAUGUUGCGCUGUUCCACUGAUGGCAGGAUGCAAAGCAACUGCUGCUUAGGUGGGGUUGGCAUCCCGUGCCCCCUUAGUGAACAAGGGAAACUGUUAGCUAUUCAAGUAUCCACCAUUCUGGGUAUGGAUGUAUGUGGUAUUGACCUCCUUCUACAAGAUAACGGAUCCUUUGUGGUUUGUGAGGCAAAUGCAAAUGUUGGCUUUACCGAAUUUGACCAAGCGUGUAAAUUAGAUCUUGGUGACAUUAUUGCAGAGUAUGCCUUGUCUCUCCUCCCAUGUAGGGUAUCAGAAGAGAAGGCUGCGGCGCCUGCAGAACCCAACUCCCAGGAAACUGAAGAAACAACAGCACAUGCUAGUACUCACCCUGCUAGUGUUUGUAGCGCUAGUGAUGCCUCGUGUUGCAGUGAGAGUGCUGCUGAUGUUGAAGAAAUCAGGGAUUCUCUUAAUGUGCCAAAGCCAUGCUCCCCGGUGUUAGCAGAUAGUUUCCAUGACAUCCAUAAGUAAUCUACCUCUCCAUUGCCUAUGUAAGUGAAUGCAAUUCUAAAUCAUAUCGGCACCCAAUUCUAAACAUGGAUUAUUGUAGUAUGUUAUGAGCCAAUCUAGUACUGAAAUGCUGCUUACUUGUAUGCCAUUAAUAACAGUGUUACUUAUGGGAUACAGUUUAUUUUCCAUUGCACAUAGCUGCAGAAUAUAAAUGAGCAUGUAAAAGGCCUCUUGUUGGCUGGUAGCUGUUAUUGGGAAUAUGAAACUUUAUUAGGCCCUUUCAGAAUAUAUCAGUUUGUGUGUGAUCCUUUAGUACUGGGCUUCGGACUGUUUAGCCCAAGAAUUGAAGUAAAAAGGUCCAUUGAUUUUAGAAAGGACAUGUGCCCAUUAAUAUAGAUCAAGACAGUGUAUCUUCAAUCUAAAUUAUUCUCAAGGAACCCUUCCACAGAAUCAGUGUUUCUAGGAUCAUUCCAGCUGGAGAACCACUGUAGGACAAUAUCAUCAAGCAUGGUUCAGUUAAGUCUUUAUUGGAGACCUGUGAAUGGUUGCUUUGAAAUUAUGUUAUGGGAGAUGACAUCUGACAUCUAAGAGGUGCCCAAAGGUUGUGAGUUAAACCAUGAGAAUCCUUCAAUCCCAGGUAAUAACUUAUAUAAAAUCCAGAAAAAAAGACUGCAGCCGGGGUAAGGGUAGGAUUCCUUUAUUCAACUCAUAAUUUCUAUUUAAGCAAACUCUUCUGACUACUGGUGAGGGUGGGGGAGUUAGUAAGCAUAAUAAAACAGUGAUCCAUUAGUGCUUUAUAUGUGAAGCAAUUGCAUGAAAGUUCUAUUUUUCCAACAUACAAUGCCAUGUGUAUUUAUGGUAACAUUAUGUUGUUAGAUGGCAGUCAUAAAACCAACACAAUAUACAGUUCAGCUGAAAUCAAGAUGAUUUUCGAGUACAAAUGCUGCCAUAGGCGUAUGCUGUAUCAAAAGAACUAUGCAAAUGAAUUUUGAGCAAUAGUCCUGAUUUGGUGCAUUUGCCUGUGUGUAAACAAAUAUAUUUAAAAAAAAAAAACGAGUGAGCUUUCACAAUAAGUCGGGUGAAAACAUAAAUGACAAUGAAUAUAAGUCUUUGUUGUAUAAAACAACUGAGACAGAUUUACCAAAGGAAGCACUGUAGUUUCCAUAGGCAGUAUUUCUUCCGCAUUCAUAUUGGAGCUUUUUGUAAUUACUGCCUUGGUCUUGUAGUGCAUUGGCUGUUGUUAUUAAGGCAAUCGUGCAAUCGAUCUGUUAUAACAUCAUGUCAUAUCACAUUUGUAUGUUUUGCAAUAUGGAAAAUAGUCUUGUAAUGUUACUUCAUGAGGGUAUUUGCUAGAAUGUGAAUAUGAUCUUUAUUUCAUAAUGGGCAUUAAGGAUUUGUUCAGUGUAAAAAUAAAAACUGUGUAAAUAGAUAGGCUGUGCAAAAUAAAACGUGUUUCUAAU